GUGAUUUAGAGAACAAUAGAGUUUAGUUUGUACACGAUAAGAAAUUGAAAAGAAUUAAAUUAAGAAAUAAUAUCUACAAAAGAAUAUACAAUUUUCCGCCACAGUAUUAAUUUAAGAUGAAUUUUCAAGUAUGUAGAUAUGAAAAAUGGGGUUUUUGCACUUUAAUCGCCACAAACAAUGAAAUAUUAGCAUGUUUUAGAUAAGUGUAAACUUAAUUUGUCCGGGACUUGGAGAUAAGUUUUCUGCCUAUAAAUAAACGCCGGAGGAUUUAGGUUUUACAUUGGUUUGAUUGUGAAUCUGGCAAUUUUAGAAUGAAGUUCCUCGUUAUUCUCUUAGGUUUUGUGUGUACCGCAGCACUUGCGGCACCAAACGCUCCAAAUGUAAAUUCCUUCCAUAAGACUUACAUAAAAGAUAGAGAAAUUUCGCCAUCCGACGAUACCAGAAUAAUAGGUGGUCAAAAUGCUAUCAGAAACCAAUUCCCCUACCAGGUUUCUGUACAGUGGGAUUCCGGUGCAUCGCCCAGACACUUCUGCGGUGGUAGUCUCAUUAGUGCAUCGGUGGUGCUUACGGCUGCCCAUUGUAUCCAAAGCUCCGGUAGCUAUUCGAUCCUUGCUGGAAUUUUAAGUCUAGACGAAAAUUCCUCUUCCAGGCAAAGCCGAGGUGCUAGCAGCAUUGUCGUUCACGAAAACUGGCCCACUGGAGGUAGUAGUGGUAGUUCCGCCUUUGAUAUCGCUUUAAUAAAAGUUAAUCCACCCUUUGACUUGAGCUCAUCCGUCCAACCUAUUGCACUUCCUAGUCAAGGUGCCGAUGUUUCUGGAGCCGCCAUCUAUUCUGGAUGGGGAAGGAUAUCUACUUCAGAUCCCCUACCCGCAAGCGUCCUGCAAUACGCCAUCGGAAACAUUAUAUCAAACCAACGUUGCGCUGAUAUUUUGGUUAAUUUAUUUACAACUUCAAGUCCUUUGGACGAUUCCCAAAUUUGUACUGAUGGAGAGCAAGGUGUGGCAGCUUGUAGCGGUGAUAGAGGUGGCCCAUUGGUUCGGAACGGCGUCCAAGUGGGUAUUGCGGCGUGGGGUCCCUCACCAUGUGGCGUCUCCACUGCUCCAACAGUUUCCACAAAAGUUUCUUCCUAUGUCAACUGGAUUAACGCUAAUAUGUAAUAUGGAGAUCUACCGUUCUUUUGAAGGGUAAUGUUCUCGACCAUGUAAUACACAAAGAAAAACAUUGAAUAAAACACAUUUGCAAAU